UGUGCAGCGAUACGAGGGCCAUGGUGAAUGCUGGGCUGAAAUCCGAAGCUGCACUGAAUGACUUCUGGGUGACCAUGAAAGCUGGCCCCCACACAGACGAUACAGUGACUGAGAUACGGGAGGGCAAGACUGUAAUGAAAGCCAUCUCCAUCGAUCGAAUGAUAGAGCGUGUGCUGCUUGAGGUACAGGAGAUGAGCCGCAAGCACAAGGAUGAGCUCAAGUUCAAGCGCAAACGGGCCAAGAAUGAGGAUGCCGUGUUCUCGUCGUCUAUGCGUGUGGCGAUGAAGGACUCGCGCUACCAAUUCUUGGACGAUGAAAUCGGCAUGCUGGACUUUAACAGCCUCACACACCAGGUGAUCAUCUCCCAUCGAUGGUUUAUCAAACCACACGAACUCUUCCACAAGCUCAUAGAG